AGUGUUUGGAACAAAUGAAACGAAACAUAAAUUUUUCAGAAAUACUGCAGUCAUUUUUACAAUAUUAUAAAUAGUUAUGCUUGUUUUUGGUGAAAAGAUUAGAUUGCAACCUCUUUAAGGAAAUUUCUAUUAUUCCUAAAUACACGUAUAUUACUGGAGAUAGUAAGGAAAAAUGGAUUUCCAAAACAGAGCCGGCGGUAAAACCGGCAGCGGUGGUAUCGCAUCGUGGUCGGAAACUAAUCGUGACCGCAAAGAGCGUCUUCGACAACUAGCCUUGGAAACAAUCGACCUAAAUAAGGAUCCUUAUUUUAUGAAAAAUCAUUUGGGUUCUUAUGAAUGCAAACUUUGUCUUACACUUCAUAACAAUGAGGGCAGUUAUUUGGCACAUACACAGGGCAAAAAGCAUCAAGAAAAUUUGGCACGGCGUGCAGCAAAAGAAGCCAAGGAGGCUCCGUCAAUGCUUGCGCCAGAAAAACCACGAGUUGAACCGAAGAAAUUUGUUAAAAUUGGUCGCCCAGGUUAUCGUGUGACCAAGCAACGUGAACCCAGCAAUGGUCAGCAAUCAUUACUCUUCCAAAUUGAUUAUCCCGAAAUUACCGAAGGUAUCAUACCACGUCAUCGCUUUAUGUCUGCCUAUGAACAAAAAAUUGAACCACCAGAUCGUAAAUGGCAAUAUUUGCUUUUUGCUGCUGAACCUUAUGAAACGAUAGCGUUUAAGGUGCCGUCACGCGAAGUGGAAAAGACCGAGGGAAAAUUUUGGACUCAUUGGAAUCGUGAUACGAAACAAUUUUUUCUACAAUUUUCUUUCAAAUUUGAACCAAAAAUCAUCCCACCUCCUCCACCACAAUUACAUCGUGCUCUUGGUCCAGCUGGAGGUUUUCCAAUGCCCGGACCGCCACGGCCACAUCAUAUGUUCAAUGGUGUGCCACCACCACCUCCGAUGGGGGUGUUACCUGUUCCUCCGCCACCCAUGUGAGAGGAGGGAAAUACUCCCAUCAGCAGUGAGUGCUGAUAACUAGGGAAUUUGUAAAACAAGCAUUUCGGGUUCUAUUUUCAAAUACAAACUAUCAAUGUGCGUCUUGAUGUUAUUGCGGUUCAAAAAACACCAAGAAAUGUAAGAAUAACUAAUUUCCAAACAAAAGUAAAUUUAUAGAG